GGUGUUGUUGUUGUUGGUGUUGCUCUGCUAUGGUGUUCUGGUGGCCUCACUGUGCCAUGCUCCUCCCUGCAGGGUAACAAUGGCACCAGCCUUCAGACUGACCAUGAAGCCCAAGGCCACAGAUAACAUGGACCAUCUCAUGGUGGACUUCAACCAGGAACGGCAACUCCUCCAGAACCUCAAGUUUCUGCCUGUCCCUCAAGCCCCAGAGAUGGAGGUCGGGGACUGUCUGGUGUUAGACAACACUGUGUCUGUAGCCUGGAAGAUGCCAGUGGAGGACAGCAAGAUAGACCACUACAUACUGGAGUACAGAAAGACCGACCACGAAGGACUGCCACGGAUCAAAGACGAACGUUGCUGGGAGGUGGUGGACAACAUCAAGACCACAGAAUACUCACUGUCCGGUUUAAAGUUUGACUCCAAGUUCAUGAACUUCCGGGUACGAGCUCGCAACAAGGCAGCAGCUGGAGAAUACUCUGAUCCAGUUACCCUGGAAACCAGAGCGUUUAACUUCGGUUUCGACUCGUCGUCGUCCCAUCUGAACCUGAAGGUAGAGGACAGGAGUGUGGAGUGGGAUCCCCAGGGAGGCAAGGGGCUGGAGAGCAAGGUCAAGGGCAAGGAGAACAAGGGCAGCGCUCAUCUUACCAAUCUGAGGAACAUGUCAAGGUGACCAUGUGUGACUUUUCAGCUGUAGCGUGUAGCGUUAGGCUACCUGAAUGUAGCGUCAAGCUGCCGUGUAAACCAGUGGCAAUAUUAGGUAGAAGACCGCCUGCGUUCAAGUUUGUACACUCCGACAAUCGCUUUCAUAUAGGCUGUUCUGCACAUCAAAGUCCCUUUUCGGGUUUCUGUGUGAACAGUUUAGGCUACAAUACCCAUUUCGGCAACGUUUGCUCUUCCAACCUGAGAGAAACCUCCUGAAAUGACUUGUGGUUUCUUUGUGUGACUGACUUAAAAGAGACAUCUACAGAUGGAAAUGGUUGCUUUUUUUAUAAACUCUUAAUUUAGGUCAAAUUAAUGAAUUGGGGAGAAAUUAGAUUU